UUCACAACAAUCCUGUUUUUAUCAAACAUGGAUGGGUCUUUCCUAUUGCUGUGAUUAAGAGAAGUUGACACUUGUGGAAAAUCAAUAUGGCUUCUGGUAGUUCUAGAUUUGUGAGAUUUCAAGAUGAUCCUGAAUUAGUGAAAAUGUCAAUAACUAAUGUUGACAAUGGAAUCAAGCCAAAUGGAACACAAUUAGCUGAGAAUAGUGGCAAAAAGGCUCAGAAGGAGACAAGGAAGACAAGGAAGUUCUUGAAAGCAAGAGUAUUGUCAAGAGUGUUCUCAGAGGACUAUGAUAGAGUUAGAAGAAGAAUAUUAGAUCCCAGGGGACAAACCAUUCACCGUUGGAACAAGAUUUUCUUGGUAGCAUGUUUAGUUUCUUUGUUUGUGGACCCUCUAUUCUUUUAUUUGCCACUAGUUAGAGAUGAAGUGUGCAUUGAUAUUGGAACAGCACUUGAAGUUUUCCUCACACUUAUAAGAUCAAUAGCAGAUGUGUUUUACAUGAUUCAGAUUCUCAUGAGGUUUAGAACAGCUUAUGUUGCUCCUUCUUCUCGGGUAUUUGGGAGAGGAGAACUUGUUAUAGACUCUUCUAAGAUAGCAGCUAGGUACUUGAGCAAGGGUUUUUGGUUAGACUUCAUUGCUGCAUUGCCUCUUCCUCAGGUGUUAAUUUGGAUUGUGAUCCCCAAUCUUGGAGGUUCUACCAUGGCAAACACCAAAAAUGUCCUUCGGUUUAUCAUCAUUUUCCAGUAUUUGCCGAGGCUAUUUCUGAUUUUUCCACUUUCAUCUCAAAUUGUAAAAGCUACAGGGGUUGUGACAGAAACAGCAUGGGCAGGGGCAGCUUACAACUUGAUGCUGUACAUGUUGGCUAGCCAUCUUUUAGGAGCUAGCUGGUACCUUCUAUCAAUUGAACGGCAAGAAGCAUGCUGGAGGAGUGUUUGCGAUCUGGAGUCAACUUGUCAAUAUGGAUUCUUUGACUGCAAAAGGGUUAAAGAUUCCCUCAGAAUCUCCUGGUUCAUAGCAAGUAAUGUCACAAAUUUAUGCUCACCAAACAUUAACUUUUAUCAGUUUGGUAUAUAUGGUGAUGCUGUGACAUCCGAAGUUACAACCUCGGCAUUCUUUAAUAAGUACUUCUUUUGUCUGUGGUGGGGCCUAAGGAAUCUCAGUUCUUUGGGACAAGGUCUUCUCACUAGCACUUUCGUUGGAGAAAUAAUGUUCGCCAUUGUUGUAGCAACCCUUGGAUUGGUUCUUUUUGCUUUGCUGAUUGGUAAUAUGCAGACAUACCUGCAAUCAACAACUGUCCGCCUAGAAGAAUGGAGGGUCAGAAGAACUGAUACAGAGCAAUGGAUGCAUCACAGGCAGUUACCCACAGAAUUAAGACAAUCUGUGCGUAAAUAUGAUCAAUAUAAAUGGCUUGCCACACGAGGGGUAGAUGAAGAAACUCUUCUCAAAGGACUUCCAGCUGAUCUUAGGAGAGACAUCAAACGCCACCUUUGUCUCGAGCUAGUUCGACGAGUUCCAUUGUUUGAUCAAAUGGAUGAGAGGAUGCUAGAUGCAAUAUGCGAAAGGCUGAAGCCAGCAUUGUGCACAGAGAGCACAUACCUAGUUCGAGAGGGUGAUCCAGUGAAUGAAAUGCUCUUCAUAAUAAGAGGGCAUCUUGAUUCAUACACCACCAACGGAGGCCGCACCGGUUUCUUCAACUCAUGCCGUAUUGGGCCAGGUGAUUUCUGUGGUGAGGAACUGUUAACAUGGGCAUUGGAUCCAAGACCAAGUGUGACACUUCCCUCUUCCACUAGAACAGUUAAGGCCAUCUCAGAAGUAGAGGCCUUUGCACUCAUAGCAGAAGACUUAAAGUUCGUUGCAUCACAGUUCAGAAGGCUACACAGUAAACAACUAAGGCACAAGUUCAGGUUUUACUCACACCAAUGGAGAACGUGGGCUGCAUGUUUCAUACAAGCUGCAUGGAGACGCUAUAAGAAAAGAAAGGAUGCUGCUCAACUUAGAGCCAAAGAGAAUAACAAUAAUAAUAAUAUUCUCUCAGUUGCUGAGGUUGAAACACCAACAUGUAGAUCUGCAUUAGUUGUGUAUGCCACUAAGAGCACUACUAGGAAGGGUAUGAAUAUGCAUUCUGGAACAGGUUCUGGAGUUGUUAACUCUUUGAGGAAGCCAGAAGAACCAGACUUUUCUGUUGAUGAGUAA